CCAUUCUGAUCUGCCAUGACAGUAAAGUCGCAAUAUGGCAGCGCGCAUGGUUCAAAUCUUAACGUGAAGGACUUUCUCGUGUGUGCGUGAACAGAGAUUAUCACAAUACCAGCAGGCGAAGCAGACGGACAGACGCGUAGCAGGGCGGAUGCACAGACAAUAUGUCCAAGAUAACGAAAGCGGCCAAGGCGGUGAAAAGGUUGGAUACAGGCAGUGUAAUCAGGGCCAUUGUGAGGUCUGGACAAGCGGCUCCUGGGCCCCCACUGGGACCUAUCUUGGGACAGAGAGGGAUUCCCAUCGGGGCCUUUUGCAAAGACUUCAAUGAGAAAACCAAAGAUCUCAAGGAAGGCAUUCCUCUUCCCAUCAAGAUCAACGUGAAGCCGGACAGAACAUACGACUUGAAAAUCGGGCAGCCCACUGUGUCUUAUUUCUUAAAACAGGCCGCAGGCAUCGAAAAGGGAGCCGGAAAGACGGGGCAUGAGACUGCUGGUAUGGUGUCUGUGAAGGCCGUAUAUGAGAUUGCACAGGUCAAAUCGCAGGACGAAAGCUUUAAGCUGCAGGACGCCUCCAUGCAGACCGUUGUCAAGAGCAUCAUUGGUUCGGCUAGAUCCCUCGGCAUCAAAGUCGUCAACGAUCUGUCACCAGAAGAGUACAGGGAGUUUCUGCAGGAGCGUCAGGAGAGACUGAGAGCCGAGGCAGAGGCAGCGGCUGCCGCAGAAGCAGCGAUGGGAAAGAAGAAAUGAAUUGUCGCUGUGUGCUAGUUAUUUAUCAAUACACUUGUUGACAUGUCUGUAAACCUGCUUCACACUGACUAUGCUAUUUUGACAUUUUUUGCUAAUAAAAUGCUCUUGAUUUGCUUCCAGA